AGUAUUUUUCUCCUCCUUCUCCUUAAUUGAUGAAGUUCACAAGAACCCAUCAACAUCUUCUUCUUCUAUCUUAAUUGCAAUCUCAUACAUGAAACCAUUCAAUUCAUAUCUUUGCCUCUUCCUUAGGAAACUCAAUUCUCUCUCUCCACCCUUCUCUCUCUCUCUCAUCAAUUCCUAUUAGGGUUUCUUACCUCUCAAUUUAAUCCAUUAAUCUCAUCAUGUCUCUAGACCACACCACACCUCUAAAAAUACCCACCAAUGAUGACUCCUCUGCUGGUGGCGGUGGCGGCGGCCCGGGCCGGAAACCAUCUGCUUUGAAGCCUCCGGAACAAACCCUUAAUUGCCCUAGAUGUGAUUCACCAAACACAAAAUUCUGCUACUACAAUAACUACAGCCUCACCCAGCCUAGACACUUUUGCAAAACAUGUAGAAGGUACUGGACCAAAGGUGGCGCCCUUCGCAACGUCCCAAUAGGCGGUGGGUGCCGAAAGAAGAAGCCGAGAUCGAGUUCUUCAAGGUUCAUCAAUGGUGAUUCUUCCUCCAAAGACACAUCUUUGGACACUGGAGGGCUGAGUUUAUUCACUGGUCUUUCCCCACCAGCCAUGGACUUUCAACUUGGUGGAAUAAACCAAUUCCCAUCUUCAUCAAUCAAUCCACCAACUUUCAUGAAUCUUGAUUCAUUAAGGUUCAGUAUCCCUAUCUUCAAACAAGAUCCUCAUCAUCAACUGCAUGGAGGGUUAGCAAGUUUUCCAGAAACUGGACGUGUUAAUAAUAAUAUUAAUAAUAAUAAUCUUGCAUCUUCUAUUGAGUCCUUAAGUUCUAUCAACCAAGAUUUACAUUGGAGGCUGCAGCAGCAGCGACUGGCGGUCUUGUUAGGUGGCCGCGGUGGUGGUGAUGGUGGCAAUGGCGGUGGUGGAGGAGGAGAAAUUGAGCAGCAAAACCAAAAUGUUAUUAUUGAAUCUCAAGCUCAGAAACUGCAACCAAUAUUUUUUCAGAAUUUGGAGAUUCCAAAACCAUCACAGACUUCCAUGAGCGGUGAUUUAAGAAAAGAGAGUGUUGGUUUGGAGACUGAGUGGUUUAUUGACGGUGGUUUUGAGCCGGUGAAUGUGGAUCGUGCGGCGGAGAUAGGUCCAACAGAUGGAAACACCACCGGAAACUAUGAAAAUGGAAACAUUAACAAUUGGAAUGAUGGAAUUCAAAGUUGGAAUCAAUUCAAUCAGUACAGUGUACUUCCAUAGCUUCUGCUGAAGAAUGAAACGGAUGGAUGAUCAGAAAUUUAUCAGAAUUGAAACAAAGUUGUCUAUGUUUUUUUUAAUUUUUUUUAUUUUGUUUGUUUUUAUAUGUUGUGAAAUGUGAUCGAACAAAAAGCAUGACCAAGAUAAUAGUUCUUGUUUUUGUUGCGAUCUAGUGUAUUUUCCCUUUCUAUGUUCUUUUACCUUUAAGCAUAUAAAAUAUGUAUGUUGCAUAUGUAAUUUGUUAUGGAGACUCUAUUGACAAAUAUAUGUGUAAUAAGAUUAAGAUUUUAA